AUGUACAAGGGGUUUUCGCGAAUAUAUACCGCAUAUUGUAUAGAACGGCUGCAACCGUGUGUUUCUCCUUUUAUAAGCAGUGUGUUAAAUUCUCCAAAAGGAAAACUUGGUAACAUAGGUUAUGUUUUUAAGAGAACUAAGAAACAUGAUAAAGGAAAUACAUCAGCUUUAUUCGUUCCUGUACCGGUCAAGCCUAAUCCUGAUGAUAUAAACGUAGGAGAAGAGUUUACGGGACGCUUAAAGAAACAAGACCUCUUGAAAAUAUUAAAUAAGUUUUACCAAAAGCCAGAGGUUAGACUACUUGCUUCAGAAAACGGUCUUGAUGAUCAGUUAUUGCAUCAGGCUUUUUUAUCAUUUAGAAGACAUUGUUUAGAACAUGAUUUACCUCCGGAUUUACAUAUAACGAUAAGUGAUAUCUUAGUAGGUGCAGGACACGUAGAUGAUUUGUUUCCAUACUUCCUUCGACAUGCUAGACUUGCAUUCCCACACCUAGAUUGUUUAGAUGACCUUAAGAAAAUCUCAGACCUAAGGACCCCAGCUAGUUGGUAUCCUCAGGCUCGUAAUAUGAAUAGAAAAAUAAUUUUUCAUGCCGGUCCCACAAACUCCGGCAAAACUUACCAUGCUAUGGAAAGGUUUCUCACGUCAAAAUCUGGUGUCUAUUGUGGACCAUUAAAAUUAUUAGCUACGGAAAUUUACCACAAAUCUAAUAGUAAGGGUACUCCAUGUGAUUUAAUCACAGGCGAGGAAAGAAGGCAUGCUUCUCAAUAUACAACACUUAUUGAUGAUACUGAAGACACAGAAUCGGACUCCGAGAAAGAGUCAUUUUUACUUAACGAACCUGAGCUGACUCCCUCAAAACAUACUGCAUGUACAGUUGAAAUGACGUCAUUAAAUGAGACUUAUGAAGUAGCGAUAAUUGAUGAAAUUCAGAUGAUUGGUGACAGAGGAAGAGGCUGGGCUUGGACUAGAGCAGUUCUAGGUUUACAAGCUGAUGAAAUACAUUUAUGUGGAGAAGCAGGUGCUAUCGGCUUAAUAGAAGAAAUUUGUAACACUACCGGAGAGGAGAUGGAUGUACGUUCAUAUAAAAGACUAACAGAAUUAAAAGUGGAAGACGCGGCACUCGGUUCAUUAGACAAUAUCCGCGCCGGCGACUGUAUAGUGUGUUUCAAUAAGAACGACAUUUACAGUGUAAGUCGAGCGAUAGAACAGAGAGGUCAUGAAGUAGCUGUGAUUUAUGGCAGUUUGCCUCCGGGGACGAAGUUAGCACAAGCGAACAAAUUCAAUGACCCAGAGAGUUCUUGUAAAGUUAUGGUUGCCACGGACGCUAUCGGACUUGGUAUUAAUUUGAGUAUACGAAGGAUAAUAUUUUAUUCUCUCAUAAAACCCGUCGUGAACGAAGAUGGUGAUAAAGAGAUGGAUGUUAUUAGUAUAUCUCAAGCUCUACAAAUUGCAGGUCGGGCGGGAAGAUACGGUAGCGCGUGGGAGACGGGCCACGUGACUACUUUCAAGCCAGAGGAUCUACCCACACUCAAGACUUUGCUGGCUCAACCACCUGACCCAGUAACACAGGCUGGAUUACAUCCUACUGCGGAACAGAUGGAGCUAUACGCCUACCACCUGCCCCAUGCCAGCCUUAGUAGCCUUAUGGAUAUAUUCGUUCACCUGUGCACAGUAGACGAUUCGCUUUACUUCAUGUGUAACACGGAAGGGUUUAAGUUCCUGGCGGAAAUGAUCCAACAUGUACCGUUGCCUUUGAGGGCGCGAUAUGUCUUCUGUUGCGCGCCUAUCAACAAUAAGCUGCCAUUUGUUUGUGCUACUUUCCUCAAGAUGGUACGUCAAUACAGUCGAAAUGAGCCAAUAACAAGAAAUUGGAUGCGUAACGUAGUUGAUUGGCCCCUGCCUUCACCUAAAACUAUCAUGGAUCUAGUUCAUCUAGAAGCGGUUUUUGACGUCCUUGAACUAUAUUUGUGGCUCAGUUAUAGAUUCCCGGAUAUGUUUCCUGACGUCAAGCUUGUCCGCGAAAUGGAGACUGAGUUGGACGCUAUCAUCCAACAAGGAAUAUUUCAGAUCACAAGAUUACUAAGAAAUUCAGAACAAAUGCUUCGUAGUGAACCCGAGAUGAGUGAAGUGGGAAGGGGCAAGAAAAUGGGUAAUAUGCAUACACAAGUCAAAGUCGACGAGUCUAAAGGAAAAUUGUCGGAAAUGCUUGUAGCGAGGGGCUUAAUAACACCACAGAUGCUAAAGAAAUUACAGCAAGAAUUAAGCACGGAUAAAACAGACAGAAGAAACAAAGGAGGUCGGAAUAGAAGAAAAUAAAUUAGUUUUUUUUUUUUAAAUUAAGUGUUGAGUAAAUGUAAUUGAAGGAACGUGUGUCGUAAAAUAAAAUGUAUCCUGUUUAUCA